UCCCAUUUCAUCUCACCACUGCUGACCUUUAGUACAAGAACUCCAUCAAAUUAACACACAUAAAACUUGAACAAAAAUGGUCAGAGCUCCAUGCUGCGAAAAGAUGGGUUUGAAGAAAGGUCCAUGGAGCCGCGAAGAAGACGAGAUCCUUGUCGAGUAUAUUGACAAACACGGCCACCCAAAUUGGCGCGCUCUUCCUAAACUUGCCGGUUUAUUGAGGUGUGGGAAAAGUUGCAGGCUAAGAUGGACUAACUAUUUACGACCGGAUAUCAAAAGGGGUAAUUUUAGUAAAGAAGAGGAAGAAACCAUCAUACAAUUGCAUGCCGUUAUGGGAAAUAGAUGGUCAGCUAUUGCUGCAAGGUUACCCGGACGCACGGAUAACGAGAUAAAGAAUGUUUGGCACACACAUUUAAAAAAGAGAGUAAAACCUAACCCUAAUGAUGCUAACAACUCUGGAUUCCAACAAACAAAGGAAGAAUCCGAAGUAGACGGUGUUGGGUCAUCGCUAUCAGAGUCGAAUUCGAGGAGUCAAGCGAGUUAUAAUCAAAUCGAUUCGCCACAACCUUCAUGUACCGACAUAUCUUCAGUGACUACAAGUAGAAAUGAUAACUUGUGCAUGGAGGACAUGGUUCUUGAGAACUUCCCGGAGAUGGAUGAUGAGUUUUGGUCGGAGGUUUUUUCAGGUGAGAACUCCGGCGAGUUACUGACAGAACAUGAAAACAUAGGUCAACAUCCAAGUGGAAGUGGGUUUGAGUCAAAUUUGCAUGAUGACAUGGACUUUUGGUUCAAUGUGUUCACAAGAGGGGAAGAAUUGUCCCAGAUUUAGGAGAUGACAAAAUGUUUUUUUUUUUCUUUUUUUUUUUAGUUAGGUUUCUUAGACAAAUUAUUUCUAACAACUGUAUUUGUAUUCUGGAUGCCAAUACAUUAAAUAUAAAUCUAUAAAUGGAAUUUUUUAAUAACG